CUGAUAAUAUUCUUGUAAAUGAUGAUUAUGUUGCUAAAAUUGGUGAUAUGGGCCUUGCUCGAGUUAUUGAUCCUAAUGGUCAACAAACUCAAUUAGGAUGUUUACCAUUUAUGCCACCAGAAUUUUUUCAUGAACAAUCCGAAGGACAUAUUAAAUUUGACGAGAAAUUAGAUAUUUAUACAUAUGGUUUAACAUUAAAUCAGUUAUUUACAGAAACAAUGCAUGAUUUUCAUUUAAAUCGUUCCACAUCACGUAUAGUAAUCACGAAACCAAGUCCAGUUUUUUAUGAUGAAAUUAUUGUGAAAUGUUUAGAAACGGAUAGUAAACAGAGACCAACAGCAAUUGAAAUUGAAAAAACACUUGAAUUAUAUGAAGAAGCAUUUAGUGAAACAAGAUUUAGUGAUAGUUAUACUCGACUGAGUAUAAAAAAAAAAGAUAAAGUUUUUCUUGAAUUUUAUCGAAAAAAUAAGCAUCAUAUUCAACGAUUUGUUACAGAAUACUUUCCUCAACAAUUUAUUAAAUAA